AUGUCCAUCGAGGCGUCGAGCGACGUGCACGGACCCGUCGCAGGUUCCCCUCCUUCCUCCCCUCGCCUCGUCGCCCGCGACCUCCCCUACGAGCUCCUCCACCUCGUCUUCCGCCUCGCCUCGACACCCUCCUCCUCUUCUCGACCUCGGCAUGGCGGCGCCGUCUGCUCCUGGCACUCGUACGAGCCUGCUGCGCCGCUCAGCCUCGUCUGUCGACGAUGGCGCUCGCCCGCGCAGGCCGUCCUCUUCUCGAGCGUCGUCCUCGACGGUCACGAGCGAGCGCAGGCGUUCAUCGACGCUGUCAAGCAGUCAGAGCGCGUUCGGCAGCUCGCGAAGAACGAGACGGCGUUCAUCGUUCUCGCGCUCGACGCGCAGGACGAGCAGUCGCCGUCCUCCUCGCCGAUCCUCCUCGACCCGCCGGCUGCGCCCGGCCGCCAACGCGCGACGUCCGAGCUGCUCGUCGCGGCCCUCGAGGCUUGCUCGUCGGCGGCGCACGUCCACGUGCGCACUCUCCACCAGGACGUGCGCGAGCGCCUUCUCAGCACGCUCAUGGACCCGCAGCGCCCGCUCGUCACGCUCGUGCUCGGGCCGACGCACGCCGCAGCGAGACGAUGGAGCGUGGGCCUGUGGGACGUCCGUGACGGUUGGGACCUGCGGCCGACGGUGCAGAACCUCGAGCACACGGGCCUCUUGGCGCCGGGUCCGGCGCCGUCGACGGCGAGCAUCGUCCCACCGCUGCGCCCAUUCCCGCAGCUGGCCCUGCGUCGUCUGAAGCUGUGGCACGACUGGCCGAUCGACCUCCUCGCGGCGGCGCUCAAGAGCUGUUCGUCGCUCGAGUACCUCGAUCUGUACUUCGAGCAGUACAAGCCCGCUCAAGCUUUCUUCGACGCUCUCAAAGCGUCGGGCAAGAGCUUGCGUGAGGUGCGAUAUGUCUACAAUCCGACCUCGCCCGGCCCCGACAGCGGCGACUCGUCCUCCUCCCUUUCGCCUCCACCCUCUCACUCGUCUCCACACCAGCAGACGAGCUCGCCCGACCUCAGCUCGUCCUCGACCGGCACUCGACCGCCUCGGCCCGCUCCCCUCUUCGACCUCCUCCUUCCUCACCUCGUCGCACUCCGCACCCUCCACUGCACCUCGACCGAGCUCACGCCCUCGGCGCUCCUCGCCCUCCCACCCUCGCUCCAGUCCCUCUCGGUCCAGUCCCUCAACUCGCUCUCGCGCUUCUCGCCGCGCGCGCUCCUCGCCGUCCUGCGCGACCAGCACCUCGCCCUCCCAGACGGGUUCAGGAGGCUGACGGUGACGGACAGCCCGGACGUGUGGGGCGAGGAGGCGAUCGACGAGGCGAGGUUGCGGUGCGAGGAUGUCGGGGUGCGGUUCGAGUUCCGGAUGGACUUUGAGGAGGAGGGAGAGUACGAGAGCGAGUGACGGCGACGGCGGGAGCGUCGUCGAGGGGAAGGGGAAGGUGCGUGGACUGGGCAGGACGAGAGAGAACGUCGAGAGGAGGUCGAGGCCGAGGUCGACGAGGCUCCGGACGAACGAGGAGCAGGACGCGUGCUGCAACGAGAAGGACUCUUUGCCGG